AUGGCUUCGGUGUUCAUGUGCGGGGUGGAGGACCUGCUGUUCAGCGGCAGCCGCUUCGUGUGGACGGUGACGGUGGCAGCGCUGCGGCGGUGGUACGCGGCUCGGCUGCGGGCGUGCCGGCAGGCGCUGCGAGCCUGGUGUGGCCUCCGCGAUGUCUACCAGAUGACCGAGGGCCGGCACUGCCAGGUGCAUCUCCUCGAUGACAGGAACUUGGAGCUGCUGGUUCAGCCCAAACUUUUGUCUCGGGAGUUACUGGAUCUGGUGGCCUCACACUUCAACCUGAAAGAAAAGGAGUAUUUUGGGAUAACAUUUAUUGAUGAUACAGGUCAGAGUGUCUGGCUGCAGCUGGAUCACCGUGUCCUGGACCAUGACUUGCCCAAGAAACCAGGGCCAGCAACUUUGUACUUUGCUGUUAGGUUCUACAUUGAAAGCAUUUCCUUUCUCAAGGACAAAACUACAGUAGAGCUGUUUUUUCUGAAUGCCAAGUCCUGCGUACACCAGGGGCAGAUCGAGGUGGACAGCGAGACCGUCUUCAAGUUGGCCGCCCUGGUGCUCCAGGAAGCUAAAGGGGACUAUUCCAGUGAUGAGAACGCACGAAAAGACUUGAAGACACUGCCUGUCUUUCCUACCAAGACACUGCAGGAGCAUCCAUCACUUGCUUACUGUGAGGACAGAGUAAUUGAGCAUUAUACACAAAUUAAAGGUCUGACCAGAGGACAAGCCAUUGUUCAGUACAUGAAAGUGGUAGAAGCUUUGCCAACAUAUGGAGUUCAUUACUAUGGAGUAAAGGAUAAACAAGGAAUCCCAUGGUGGCUUGGAAUAAGUUACAAAGGAAUCGGCCAGUACGACUUACAAGACAAAGUUAAGCCCAGAAAACUAUUUCAAUGGAAACAGCUGGAAAAUCUCUAUUUCCGUGAGAAGAAAUUUGCUGUGGAAGUACACGAUCCCCGCAGAAUUUCAGUGUCGAGAAGGACCUUUGGUCAGAGUGGGCUGGUGGUGCAGACCUGGUAUGCAAACACUUCCCUGAUCAAGUCCAUCUGGGUGAUGGCAAUCAGUCAGCACCAGUUUUACUUGGACAGGAAGCAAAGCAAAGCAAAAAUUCCAUCAGCCAGAAGUUUGGAUGAUAUCGCCAUGGAUCUGACAGAGAUGGGAACACCAAAAGUGUCAAAGCUGGUGACUUUAGAGGCCAAGAAUCAGCUUAUUAUGGCCAGCAAUGGCAGUUUGAUCUCCUCAGGCUCUCAGGAUUCAGAGGUCAGUGAAGAACAAAAGAAGGAGAAAAUUAUGGAACUAAAGAAGAAAGAGAAACUCCUUCAGGAAAAACUGCUUCAGAAAGUUGAGGAGCUGAAGAAAAUCUGCCUGCGAGAAGCGGAGCUGACAGGCAAGAUGCCCAAGGAAUAUCCCCUGGGUGCUGGAGAGGAGCCUCCCCAGGUGAGAAGGCGUGUUGGCACGGCGUUCAAGCUGGAUGACAACCUGCUCCCCAGUGAGGAGGAUCCUACUUUGCAGGACUUGGAGAGCAAUUUUAUCAUACACCAAAAGCUGGUGGAAGCCGCAAAGAAACUUGCUAGCGAGCCAGACCUCUGCAAAAACGUGAAGAAGAAAAGAAAGCAGGAGUAUGUUGAUGCUGUAAAAAAGCUGCAAGAGAUAGAAAACUCCAUAAAUGAAUAUAGAAUAAAGUGUGGCAAAAAACCAACCCAGAAAUCAACUCUGGCUCUACCAGAUGAUAUAAUUCCAUCUGAGAGCAGCUCCCUGUCAGACACAACCACCUAUGAUGAUGUCAGUGAAUCACUUCCUGCAACAGCACAGAGACCCAGCUCUGCACAGCUUUCUCCAAGACUUCCUCCACCAAAGUCUCUUGGGGUGGAGAGAAUUCAUCUCAGGAAGUCAUCCAUAAACGAGCAGCUCUUGGAAAGCAGAAACUCCAGGGAGGUGCUUUCAACACACAGCAGCCCUUUCCGGACGCUGGAGCGGCCGGCGCAGCCCCACGGCAGGAGGAGCAUGCCCACCACCCCAGUGCUCACUCGCAAUGCCUACAGCAGCAGCCACCUGCAGCCAGAUGUUUCCCCACACCACUGCCGGCAGCGCAGCGGAAGCCUGGAAUCCCAGACCCACCUGCUGUCUGAGGCUCCUGCUGAAAAGACUGCCUUCUCCCUCUCCAAGUCCCAACGGAGCAGCAGCACGGAGAUCCUGGACGACGGAUCAUCCUACACCAGCCAGUCAAGCACAGAGUAUUACUGCGUGACACCCACUCCCAAUCCAUAUUACACCACUCAGACUCUCGACAACAGGACCAGGGGUCGAAGACGGUCGAAGAAACACAAUAUUUCUGCUGCAAAUUCAGGAAGCAUGCCAAACUUGGCCCAUAAGGACGUCCGCAGUGGUGUCUUCCACAAAACUCAGGAGCAGCCUUCCUCUAAUUACUAUAUUUCUGGAUACUCGCCGUACACCGAGCCUGACGUUUAUUACAAUGGAGGAUACGUUUAUGAGAGUGACACGGAGGGGCAGUACAGUGUCAAUCCCUCCUACCGCUCGUCGGCACAUUACGGAUACGAGCGCUACCGGGAAUUCCGGUCCUACCACGAGGACGAGGUGGACAGAGUUCCACACAACCCCUACGCCACCCUGAGGCUCCCGAGGAAGCAAGUUGCUAAAACGGAGCACAUAACCAAAAACAUUCACAAGGCCUUAGUAGCAGAGCAUCUCCGUGGCUGGUACCAGCGUGCCUCCAGCCAGAAGGAGCAGGGUCACAGCCUGCAGGCAGGCUUUGAGUCAGACAGAGGAUCUCAGAGGAGUUUGGGCUUUGCUGCUCUGCAGACGCCGUGCUCACCGAGCAGCCGGGUGUCGUCGUUCUCUUCAGCAUCUUCUACAAACACUGCUGGGAACUGGAGAAACCCCCUUGCACUGGGACUUUCAGACUACGAUACCUUAUCUCAUUCCUCCUACGCCAGCUGUUAUGGGAAUGUUUAUGGCAACCUUCCUUUGCAGAGCAGGACGUACGCAGAGCCGAGCCAGCUGGGCGGGGAUGAGGAGGAUGGAGUGGAGGAAGAGCUGCCCAGCAGUGAGCAGAGGCUGUACUGGCAUGAGGACUCCAAGCCUGGCACCCUGGUGUAG